AUGAAUAAGUUUCUCACAGACAGCCACAGAACCAACUCAACAACUCAAUGUGGGGGGACGCGAACACAAACCCGGGCAAAAGCUGCAGCAGGAGGAGUCACUUACUGGAGGUUUGAGCUGUUCCAGUACACCGCAUGUCGGUCGUUGGCUCUCGACAGGUGCAAGUUUGUAAGGACCAGGGUGAAGAGGCUGAGGGAGACCGCUGCUGGUGCCAUAAUCCCGAUUCCCGAAGCCAAACGAGCCGUGCGUAAAAGGCAGAGGAAGCCUGGAUCCACGCGCUGUCGUCUCGUCUUGUGUCUUCUCAGUGCGUCCCCCUCCUCUGUACCUCUGCUUUUCACAACAUCCCACCAAGAUAAGAGCAAGAAAAAUCACCUUCUCAAGUUCCUUUGA